GGCGGGAAAGAACUGCAUUCUCCCUGGGGAGCCCGUGCUGAACGAAAGCACAGAAUCGAGAGAGAAUAGGGUGACCUCCUCCCCCUACUCAUUUAAUACACAUGGCCGCCCCUGGGGAGCCCUGGGACUAGAAAGCGAGGAACCUGGGAAAGUGGAUUUUUCUGGGAAAGUGGAUUUUUACAAAGAGGGAUGCAGCUGUUGGGAGAAAGCGGGUGAUGCCUUCCUUGCACAAAGAGACCUGGAAAGACUGUGGAGAAAAAAAGAUAACAUAAGGCAGUUUUUGCUGGAUUCAGGAAAAAUUCCAAAAGCUAGAACCUUGGUCUUGGGACAUGAAGUGAUGAAAUAUGAACUUGGGUCUCAGCAGCUGUGUUUUCCAGGAAGAACCAGCAGUUAUAUGGCUCACGUUUGACAACAUGCACCACCAGUGGCUUCUGUUAGCUGUGUGCUUUUGGGUGAUUUUCAUGUUUAUGGUUGCCAGCAAGUUCAUCACUUUAACCUUUAAAGACCCAGAUGUGUAUGGUUCCAAACAAGACUUCCCAUUCCUGACAACUAUGCCAGAAUUAGAAAAGUGGAGAGAUGAGAAACACUUGCCUACAGAACUAAAGCCAACUGGGAAAGUGCUUUCAGGAAACCGGCUUAACCAGCCCAUGGUCCACUUGGAGCGUCUGGAACUUCUCAAAAACGUCUGCCGAGAUGCAGCUCUGAGGAAUCUCUCACACACCACAGUUUCAAAAUUUGUCUUAGACCGAAUAUUUGUCUGCGACAAACACAAGAUCCUCUUCUGUCAAACUCCCAAAGUGGGCAAUACACAGUGGAAAAAAGUUCUAAUUGUUUUAAAUGGAGUUUUUCCUUCCAUUGAAGAGAUCCCAGAAAAUGUAGUACAUGACCAUGAAAAAAAUGGCCUACCACGUCUGUCUUCUUUCAGUGACUCUGAAAUUCAGAAACGCUUGAAAUCAUACUUCAAAUUUUUUAUCGUAAGAGACCCCUUUGAAAGACUCAUUUCUGCUUUUAAGGACAAGUUUGUACAUAAUCCUAGGUUUGAGCCUUGGUAUCGGCAUGAGAUAGCUCCUGGAAUCAUUAGAAAAUAUAGAAAGAAUCGAACAGAAACUAGGGGUCUUCAGUUUGAGGAUUUUGUGCGUUACCUGGGGGACCCAAACCAUAGGUGGUUAGAUCUUCAGUUUGGGGACCACAUAAUUCAUUGGGUAACGUAUGUAGAACUUUGUGCACCUUGUGAAAUAAACUACAGUGUGAUUGGACAUCAUGAGACCUUGGAGGAAGAUGCUCCAUAUAUCCUGAAGGAAGCUGGGAUUGAUCAUCUAGUAUCUUACCCAACAAUUCCUCCAGGCAUUACUGUGUAUAACAAAACCAAGGUGGAACACUACUUCUUGGGAGUAAGCAAAAGAGACAUACGCCGUCUAUAUGCACGUUUUGAAGGAGACUUUAAGCUCUUUGGGUAUCAGAAGCCAGAUUUUUUGCUAAACUGAUGCCUGAGACCAUGAAGAGAGAAGUGUCUUCCUUAAACCAAGGGAUAUCCAGCUGUAUACCUGAACCCAGAACUAGUUUCCUGAACUGCACCUUCAUUUUGUAAAAUUCCUAAUCAAUAACAGUUGGCCAGUUGUUAGCUCUUUGGCAUGUGAAAUGGGACCCCUCCUAAUAGCCAUUCUUCAUUUGUGCAUAAAGGGGCACUGAGUGGCUCCAUGGUAAUCAGGACAUCCCUGGCCUCCCAUUCCCCCCAGGAAUAAAAAUAAGAAUUUAAUCUGCAAAGGGGGACAGGGGUUGAGGAAAAUAAUACAAUUUUAAGAGUGAUUUUAGACAACAAUGAAGAGAAAGUCUUAAUCUCUAAUGAAUUAAUGGAUUGUAGGUGGAAUUGUCAUUUCUGAGUUGCCAGUAAUGGUACCUAGUGCUGACAGGAAAAAUAGAGAAGUUAACAGGCUGCAAAAAUUGUAAAGACUAAAAUUUGAUGACAAAAUUAUACCUCUGGGUUUCAGUUUUUUCUUUUUUAUUUCUAUAAAAACUGAGGGAAGACUCAUUUUUUUGGUUUGUUUUUUUCAUAACUACAUUGGAGAGAAUUUGAUUUCUCUCCCACUCCAACUCAGUUAUAUCUCAAAAAGCAAUUUCAGGAGAUUUUCUUAAUGGAGAAAAUGCACCUGUGCAAUGAUGUUCUAAAUGCUGAACAUUUGUUGGCCAGUAAGUUUACUUAAUCCAGUCCAAGAAUCCCAAAGUUGAUAGUGUUAAAUGCUUGAGAUAAAGGGAGAGUGCAGUUCCUCUCUCUUUAAAAAGGGGAAUUCUUGUUAGACAUUAAAGAAAGUUUAGAAUGAUUUUUUUUAAUUUUUUGGAUUUUGAAGUCUGACUUUGCUCUGGGUUUAAUAAAUAUUGUCCUGACACUGUUUUCUUUGAACAUUCUGCCCAUUAGCAACCAAUAUUUGAAUGCCCUAUUCUGAACAAGGGCAGUGUAUUAAGUACGAGGUGCUUGGUAGGUUCUCCUACUACUUAUUCCAAGGUGCCUCUCCUGGUCCUAGGUUUGCAUUGUCAAUGUAUUAGGAAGGCAGGGAUGUUUUUCUUUGUUCUUGCCUUGGAUCUCAGCAAAAUGCCCUAGAGUGGGACCAUGGCUUCUACUUGCAUUUCUAAAAGUUGUGAGUUUUGAGUUCACCAGCAAUAAAAUCCAGCAAUGUUAAAUUGUUUGCUGGCCCUUGUAGGGGGAAGAUUGUCCUUAACAAUUUUAGCAGUAUCAGAAUAGACCUCUGUGGUGCAAGAGACAACAGGCAGAGGAAAACCCUCACUUCUAGGGUGUCAGCCUCUGUCUAGCUAUUGGAGGGGAACGAAUGGAAUGUGUUCAGAUCUUAUUAUUGUCACCAUAUCUAAAGAAAUUCCCUAGGGGGAAAGGGGAAAAUCCUCAGAGAUGAGCCAUAUACUACCCCAUCUAAAGGUAGGGUUUAAAAAAUGGGGAGGGGGAUUCUUUCUAAUAAAUGAAGUAGCAAAAAUAAGUUGACUCCUAUUGUUGAGGCGGCUGUCUUCUUUCUCUGCCCCCCAUUUCUCUCUGUCUCCCUUCUUCCCUCUCUUGUCCUUCUCCUCCUCCUCUUUCUCUGUCUCUGACUGUCUCUCUGUCUCUUUCUCUCUGAAACUGUCUCUCUGUCUCUCUCUCUCUCUCUUUCUCUCCUUCUCCUCCUCUCCCUUUCUCUUCUUCUCUCUCCCCCAUCUUUUUCCCUUUCUCUCCUAGACUCUUGUCACUGAAAAGACUGAUGGCUGUGGUAAAGAAAUCACUUAAACCUUAGAUGCAAUAGGACUUGGAGGUUAGCUGUAAAUGCUAUUUUCUUGCCUGCUGGGAGCAUUCUCCAUAUCCUAUCUGUCACCUGCCCUUUGAAUAGUAUUUGGUAUGUGGGUAUGAUGUGCAAGGAUGUCAAAUGAUACCAGUGAUGGCAAGAGAAAUGCAGGCAGCAAGGUGAUGUAAAGAAAGGUUGUUGAACUUGGGUUUAAAUUUUUACCUGUGUGACACAGGCCCCCAUAGGUGCCAGUUUCCUGAUCUGUACAGUGAAGAGGUUGAACCCGUUAGUGUUUGAGGUCCCUUCCACUUCCAAAGGAUUACAUGAUCUUUACAACCAGUCACACAAGUUGUCCUGAUGGCAUCCUAUGGAAGCAAAAAUGGGCCUCAAUACUUGAGAAAAGAAAGAAAAAUUAGAUUUAAAAUAUGUGCCAAACCUGACAUGUGCUGCACUCAGAAAAAGGUAAUAUAAUAGCUGAAAGUCAUUCCAGACACAUCUUGACACACUAAUUGGUUUAAGGGAAGAGCAUUCAACUGACUAUUGUUAACUGGAAGGUCUAAAGUAGCAAAAGCUUAAAUGCUACUAUGUAGUGGUUGGGGCUUUUUGGGUUGGUUUUGUUUGGUUUUGUUUUGUUUUGUUUGACAGAUGCAAUUACAGAGUCAUAGAUUUGUUAGUCCUUAACAGUUGUGUGAAGGAUGUAAUCCUUCAGUUAUUUUUAUAUGAAAUCUUAGCCAAGUCCAUUGUUGAAUACAUUUCAGAUCUAAUGACUUGAUUGAUGACCUCUUUGCUGACUUAAAAUGUAACAAUGUGAAUAAUGUUAUUGUGAAUUAAGGCCUUAAGGUUCGUCCUAA